UGGCUUAUUCAUAGCUUAUGGGUUGGCUUGGGUCGGGCGUCUGCAGCUUUGCUCGGUUCUUGCUGUUGGUUUGGCAGCUCUAGAAAUGGAUGUCGUAGACGUGUGGUACAACAAGCAGGAUUACAUAGAAACGGCAUCUGGAAACAAAGUCAGCAGAAACUCUGUGCUCUGCGGCAGCCACAACAUCGUCCUCAAUGGCAAGACCAUCAUCCAGUCCAAGUCAAUCAUACGCGGGGACCUGGCCAAUGUCAGGAUCGGUCGCCACUGCGUCAUCAGCAGCAGCUCCGUCAUCCGGCCACCCUUCAAGAAGUUUAGCAAGGGGGUGGCCUUCUUCCCCCUGCAGAUUGGGGACCACGUCUUCAUAGACGAGGGCAGCGUGGUGAAUGCAGCGCACGUGGGCUCUUUUGUUUUCAUCGGAAAGAACUGCGUCAUUGGUCGCCGCUGUGUCCUCAAGGACUGCUGCAUGGUUGCCGACAACACGGUGCUGGCUCCCGAGACCGUGGUUCCUGCAUUCGCCGUCUUCUCGGGCUGCCCGGGCCUGUUCAGCGGCGAACUUCCCGAGUGCACCCAAGACUUGAUGAUAGACUUCACUAAGGCCUACUACCACCACUUCAAGCCUACGGAAUCAGCUGCGCUGCAGAGUAGCUGAGGCUCUCCUGGCAACUUUUUUUUUUGGCAUUGCCUUUCAACAAUAAAUACAUAUAAAUUAACAAAAGACA